UGACGUCAUCGCUGCGCGCCGCCGCUCCUUCCACUUCGCGGGAGAAGUUGUUGGCGCCAAUGGAUCCCGAGCGCCGAUAACGGAUUCUCCCGACGGUCGGACCACCUGACCCACCUGCUUCCUAAUCUUGGGGUUACGAUGGAUAUUCGGAAAUUCUUUGGGGUUAUACCAAGUGGGAAAAAACCUGUAAAUGAAACUGUAAAGAAGAAUGAGAAAACAAAGUCUGCUGAAGAAACUUUAAAAUCAAAGAAAGGAAUAAAGGAAAUCAAGGUAAAUAGCUCUUGUAAAGAAGAUGCCUCCAAACAGAAACAAACUAACAGGAAAAAGAGGAUCAUCUAUGAUUCAGAUUCAGAAUCAGAAGAGACAGUGCAGGUAAAAAAUGCCAAAAAGCAAUCAGAAAAAUUGCCAUUGUCUUCUAAACCUGGUAAAAUUUUACGUCAGGACCCUGUUACAUACGUUUCAGAAACAGAUGAAGAUGAUGACUUUGUGAGUAAGAAGACAGCUUCAAAAUCAAAAGAAAAUGGAAGAUCUAAAAGUAGUUAUCUAGGAGCAUCAAGCAUGAAAAAGAAUGAAGAAAAUACUAAGAUUAAGAAUAAGCCUUUAUCACCAAUAAGGCUUACACCAACAUCAGUACUUGAUUAUUUUGGAACUGGAAGUGUUCGAAGAUCAGAUAAGAAGAUGGUGUCAAGCAAAAGAAAAGAGCCUUCCUCAAAUACAGAUGAUUCCAGAUUAACGGAUGAAGCCAUUGCCAAGCAGUUGCAGCUUGAUGAAGAUGCAGAGCUGGAGAGGCAAUUGCAUGAAGAUGAAGAAUUUGCCAGAACAUUAGCAAUGUUGGAUGAAGAGCCCAAGACCAAAAAGGCCCGGAACAACUCAGAAGGAGGAGAAACAUUUUCAUCUGUCCAAGACAAUACAAAUAAAGCAGAAAAACAUACCUAUCCUCAUACAGUAAAAACAGAACAGUUGUCAAGUGAGAGAAAGAGCUACAGUCCCAAUAAGCAAACUAAGUGUGAAAGCUCAAAGGAAUCUCAGCAACAUUCCAAGUCAUCAGCUCACAAAACAGGAGAAUCCUUUUCUCCAAAGGCCAGUUCUAAGCUAGCACUUACGCAAAUAAAAGAAGAGCGUUCUUAUAAAGAAUCAGAGCCUGUGGCCUCAAAAAGAAAAGAAAAUGCUAUUGAAUUGAAAGAAGAGAAAAAAACUCCUCAAAAAGCCAAAAGUUCUCCUGCUAAGAAAGAGUCUGUAAGUCCAGAAGAUUUAGAAAAGAAACGCACUAAUUAUCAAGCUUAUCGAAGUUACUUAAAUAGAGAAGGUCCCAAAGCUCUGGGCUCUAAAGAAAUACCAAAGGGAGCUGAAAACUGCUUGGAAGGCCUUAUAUUUGUGAUCACAGGAGUCCUGGAGUCUAUUGAAAGAGAUGAAGCCAAGUCUCUAAUUGAACGUUAUGGGGGAAAAGUAACAGGAAAUGUGAGCAAGAAAACCAAUUACCUUGUCAUGGGUCGUGAUAGUGGACAGUCCAAGAGUGACAAGGCAGCAGCUUUGGGGACAAAAAUUAUUGAUGAAGAUGGCCUAUUGAAUUUGAUUCGAACUAUGCCAGGCAAAAAGUCCAAGUAUGAAAUAGCAGUUGAAGCUGAGAUGAAAAAAGAGAAAACCAAAUCGGAGAGGACACCUAAAAAAAAUAACCAAGGAAAACGAAAAAGUAGUCCAAGCAAAAAGGAAUCAGAAUCUAAAAAGAACAAGUUGACUCCCCAAAAGGACAGCCCUAGGAAGGCAGUAAAAAAGGAAACAAAAGGAGCAACCGUGUUCCCAAGAGGCCUGCACUUGAGCGAGCAGGUGGCCAAGGAGGCAGAUGGCGACAGCCAGGCGCGGGGUCUGGCUGAUGACAGCAGUGAAAACCGAGUGGAAAAUCUGCUCUGGGUGGAUAAAUACAAGCCAACCUCGCUCAAGACCAUAAUUGGACAGCAAGGCGAUCAGAGUUGUGCCAAUAAGCUUCUCCGCUGGCUCCGAAACUGGCACAAGACUUCGCCUGAAGAGAAAAAGCAUGUGGCCAAGUUCGGUAAAUGUGCUGGCAAAGAUGAUGGCUCUAGUUUUAAGGCAGCGUUGCUCUCAGGCCCUCCAGGUAUUGGGAAAACCACCACAGCCUCUCUGGUGUGUCAGGAACUGGGAUACAGCUAUGUAGAAUUAAAUGCUAGUGACACUCGGAGCAAGAAUAGCUUGAAGGCAAUUGUAGCUGAAUCACUAAAUAAUACCAGCAUCAAAGGCUUUUAUUCAGGUGGGCCAGAUGGAGCCGCUUCAGGCAGCGCGAAGCAUGCGCUCAUCAUGGAUGAAGUGGAUGGCAUGGCAGGCAGUGAGGACAGAGGAGGGAUUCAGGAAUUAAUUGGCCUGAUAAAACAUACUAAAAUUCCCAUUAUUUGUAUGUGCAAUGAUAGAAACCACCCCAAGAUUCGCUCUUUGGUUCAUUAUUGUUUUGAUCUUCGUUUUCAAAGACCUCGGGUUGAACAGAUUAAGGGUGCUAUGAUGUCUAUUGCAUAUAAGGAGGGUUUAAAGAUCCCCCCUCCAGCUAUGAAUGAAGUGAUUUUGGGAGCCAAUCAAGAUAUCAGACAGGUUUUACACAAUCUGAGUAUGUGGAGUGCACAAAGUAAGGCACUAACCUAUGACCAGGCCAAAGCUGACUCUCAUCGGGCCAAGAAGGAUAUCAAACUGGGCCCAUUUGAUGUUGCCCGCAAAGUGUUUGCAGCCGGGGAGGAGACUGCCCACAUGUCACUUAUGGACAAAUCAGAUCUCUUUUUCCAUGACUAUUCAAUAGCACCCCUCUUUGUCCAGGAGAAUUACCUGCACGUGAAGCCUAUAGCUGCGGGGGGUGACAUGAAAAAGCACUUGAUGCUUUUGAGCCGAGCGGCAGAUAGCAUAUGCGAUGGUGACCUCGUAGAUAGUCAGAUCCGGAGUAAGCAAAAUUGGAGCCUUCUGCCCACUCAGGCUAUUUACGCCAGUGUUCUUCCUGGAGAGUUGAUGAGGGGGUACAUGAGCCAGUUCCCCUCCUUCCCCAGCUGGCUGGGGAAGCACUCAACCACAGGCAGACACGACCGCCUGGUUCAGGACCUUGCACUGCACAUGAGUCUUCGAACUUACUCCAGCAAAAGGACUGUGAACAUGGACUAUCUGUCUCACGUCCGGGACGCACUUGUGCAGCCCCUGACUUCACAGGGUGUAGAAGGAGUGCAGCAUGUAGUUGCCCUUAUGGAUACAUAUUAUUUGAUGAAAGAAGACUUUGAGAAUAUAAUGGAAAUUAGCAGCUGGGGUGGCAAACCUAGUCCCUUUUCCAAGCUGGAUCCUAAGGUGAAAGCAGCCUUCACAAGGGCUUACAACAAGGAGGCCCACCGCACCCCAUACGCACUUCCGGUAGUAAGGACGUCCAGGUCCAGCACAGGCCCAGGAGUGGACCCUGAAGACAACGAAGAGUUACGGGAAGACGACUCGCAGUCUGACGAGAAAGAGCAGGAUGCUCUAGAGAACGAUGCCAUGAUCAAGAAAAAGACAAAAUCCACAAAGUCAUCAAAACCAGAAAAAGAUAAGGAACCAAAAAAAGGAAAAGGCAAAAGUUUGAAGAAAUGAAACCAGUUUUUACUACCAGCGGCUACCGUGACUCCUCCCUCUGCCUGGUUCUGAGACGGCCUUGUGUUCUCGUGGAGGAUCUAUGCGUGGCGUGGUGGGUCCCCGGGGGCUCCACUGAUGAAGCAUGGUCCAGCUCUAGGGUGCGGCUGGCCAGCGGCUCACAUACACCUCUUAUAGAGGUUCAGAGGACCGUGUGGGUCCUCCACGGUCUCUGCCCAUCUAAUUCGAUUGUCUUACUUCAAAUUGACCAUGCACAUUCAGAACUAGGCAUUACGUAUGGGCCUUGGAGUCAUAAUGUAGUUAAUAAUAAUAAACCUGGGAACAAUGGGCCUAAGAUCUUUUAUAGGGUUGAGUUUAUCCUAAUGACCUUUAUAGAAUCGGACCAAUGCUAUUUUUUCUUAAAGGUAGUUCCUAUUAUGUGGUGAAAUUUUGUAAAUCAAUCUGAAUACAAAGCAAUCACCACCUAGAACUGGGUAGUCUUUGUAUAUUGUCAAAGGAUAAAUUAGCAAUAAAAAUGUUCCAUAUGAUUCAUGUACAAA